AUGCAACUCCUUCACAUCACUGCCUUGCUCGCAACCCUGGUUCUGGGAGCAUUCGGCUAUCCCGCGGAUCUUGAUGCCCUAGCCCCCGGUUACAACAACGACAAGACCUCCUUCGACGUCAUCCCCUACCCCGGCGCAGAGAAGAUUACCCUUCACGGUACCUUCCAAGAAGUAUACGCUCAGGUGCUGGAAAUCAACCCGAACUACGAAAGCGACUGGGACAACGACUCCCGCAAUCGCUCGGAGGCGGUCCUCGAGCAUCGCGCGGAGAAACCCCCGCUCUUGAGCUGCGAGGAUGCCUGGGCGAUGGCCGACGCAGACCAGAUCCGGAUUGGCAUCAAGUACAUUCGCAAUGAGUGGACGCUGCCUCCCGGCCUUGCGGCAAAGACCUGCCACACUGUCAGCUGCUCGCAUAACUCCGCGAUCAGGUGGUGUAAUGAUCGAAACACGCUCAGGGUCCUCCCCUCCUGGAAUAAUAUCGCCGACGCAGCCACGGUGAUCGUCAAAUGGUGCACGAAUAAAAGAGCCAACGGUUAUACUGGGACCAAGGGGAGGCUGGGCCACUGGGACGAGUGGCGCGUCUUUGUUGACAGGGGCAAAUGCUGA